UAACUCGGACCCAGUCCUUUCUUUUGAAUGUGAAAACAGUAUAUUUCAGUUACUAAUUGAGACAUGAAAAAACGAACUGUGAUCAAGAAGUUUAACCUUGUUGUGUGUUUGGACCCCGACCUCUAUUGCAUAAAAUGCUAUUUUGGAGGCUUUUAAAUAAAUUAACUGUAAUUUAAAUAUUUUAAGCAACGGGAGUAUUAUUUUAAAUUUAAAUAUAUUAGAAAACAAUGGUAGAAUUUGAAAUACAGAAAAAAUCUAUUGCCUCCAAGCAGUCCAUAGACAAUGAUAUACCUCAAGAUAAAUAUCUUUAUGCGGGACGAAUGCGUGAGCUUAUCGAGGGCUAUAAUGCAGUCGUACAGCUGUUAUAUCCUAGAUAUCCGUGGUAUAUAUAUCCCGGUUAUUUAACAAAUGCUAUCUACCAACGUUACAUGAAAUAUUUUAAGGACAGAUAUUGUUUGGUUCCCAUACCAAAUACUCUAUAUGAAAUGUUAACGAGCAAGGAAUUUAUUAAAUCCGAACAUGUUGUAUUUGCUGCAGCAGACAUCUAUGACGAGUAUUGUGUUUCACCUGAGGUUAAUUUUGUUAAUCUAAAAGUAAGUUAUGCUAAAGAUGAUCUUCAAGCUGCUACCAAAUCGUAUGAGAAUGGGGGAAGCGAAAGCAUAGUAAAGCAAAUGUUUCAUACAAGCCACGACAACACUUUAGUGACACAAAUAAUACCUGCUAAAAUAUGUCAUAAACAAUGCUUAUACGUAAAGGAAAAUUUUUUUGCUAAUCUAAUGGACCGUUACAAUGUAAAGACAAUUAGAAAAUUUUGGGUCAAAUUGGACCAUUUUAAUGAAAGUCAGAAUGUGCCUGUCAUAGCUACAAAAACUCAUAUAUAUUUAUUGAUAAAUCCCUAUGAGCUACCACAGGAAGUUUGCGAUUUAAUACUUAAUAAUUAUUUUUGCACACCGCGUAUUUUACAUCGAGGUCACACGUAUCGCAUACAAAUCAAUGCCGAGUUGGUAGGCACUGCUCAAUACUCGCAUUAUUAUCCUAUUUUCGCUUAUUUGCAUCAGUUGUAUUUUCGUUGCGUUCAUUUGGAAGGCAAAGGGAGUGAUUUCGAAAUGCAAGCAGUGGCGGUUAAGGGUUUCUCGAAUUUGGUGCAGAUAAAGCAUACUCAUCAGUUCUUACCGCGUCAGCAAUUGGAUGAAAUUUUUCAACUAAGAAAUUUUCCUUUGGGUCUGGAGCAGCCAUAUUCCACCUUACGCUCUUCUAUAGACGCUUUUCUACCUAACAAAACAACUUGUUUGUCUUCUAAACAUAUAUAUCCUGUUUUCAUGUUGCAAGCUGAACGUGGAUCAGGCAAAACUAAAUUAAUCAAAGGAAUUGCAGCCGAUUUGGGUAUGCAACUCUAUGGCGUAGAUUGCACGGAGAUUGUAUCACAAAUUUCUGCUCAUACAGAAGUGAAAUUAAAAACAGUUUUCGCCAAAAGCCUAAUAACCGAGCCCUUACUAAUUUGUUUUCACAAUUUCGAGAUUUUCGGUAUUGAUAAUGAAGGAAAUGAAGAUUUGCGUUUAUUGGCCGCGUUUCAAAUUCAAGUGCAAGAGCUGUUUUCCCGCGAUCGCAAGCAUCCCGUCGUAGUGGUGGCUUUGACUAGCGAGAAACAUUUGAAACCUAUGAUUCAACGUCUCUUCUUGGAAAUUAUACGAAUUGAGAAUCCGUCUAAAGAAGAACGCUACGAUAUUUUACGUUGGAUGCAUAUUAAAGAAAUGCACAAGCAACUGAUAUAUAACCGAAAACAACCAUCAGACGUGCCGCUAUAUCCGCUGGAGUUGCAGGAGAUUUAUUUGCCACAAUUCUGCCCGGGAUGGCCGUUCAUUAAAUCAGUACUUUGGGAGGUAGCCGAUAAGACACAAGGCUUUAUUUUAGGAGACUUAGAGCAGUUAUAUGAAAGCGCUAUACGCGAAUCAAAAUUUGGAAAACAGAAAAACUUCUCCACUUUGACUUAUGACCAUUUUGCUCAUAAUUUGAAUGCAAUGCAAUCCGCGUUUGCCGAUAGCUUGGGAGCACCCAAAGUACCAAAAGUCUUUUGGUCAGAUAUUGGUGGUUUAUCGAAAUUAAAAGAUGAAAUUCAAAAUAGCAUUGGAUUGCCGCUUAAACAUUUACACCUAAUAAGUAAAAAUUUGCGUCGUUCUGGUGUGUUAUUGUAUGGCCCACCUGGCACAGGGAAAACUUUAGUAGCUAAGGCGGUUGCUACCGAAUGUAAUAUAACUUUUCUAGCAGUACAAGGACCUGAACUGCUCAAUAUGUAUGUUGGUCAAAGUGAGCAUAAUGUUAGGGAUGUCUUCUCGCGCGCUCGUUCCGUGGCUCCUUGUGUAUUAUUUUUGGACGAAUUGGACUCAUUAGCUCCAAAUCGUGGUGUGGCAGGUGAUUCCGGCGGCGUUAUGGAUAGAGUAGUGUCCCAAUUAUUAGCCGAAAUGGACAAUUUGGGGGACUGUAAUAAACCCAUUUUUGUGUUGGCAGCAACCAACCGUCCCGAUUUAAUAGAUUCGGCUCUGCUACGUCCUGGCCGCUUCGACAAACUGUUUUAUGUAGGUCCUUGCUCCACAAGUGAAGAUAAAGCUGCCGUUUUGGAGGCUCAGACGAAACGUUUCAAAUUAGCGGCCAAUUGUAAUAUGAAAGAUAUUGCGGAACAGCUAAAAGGUGAUAUGUCUGGGGCUGAUUUAUACUCCAUUUGUUCGAACGCUUGGUUAUCAGCAGUACGGCGAACAAUAGAAAAGCACUCGCAGGGUAAGCUUAAGGACGAAGAUUUGGUCGCACAGAAUAUUGUAGUUGAAGUAGAAGAUUUCAUGAAAUCGUUCGUCAAGUUUAUACCAUCGAUAAGCAAACAAGAUCUGGAAUAUUUUAACAAAUUAAAAGCACAAUACAAUAUUUAGCAACUCGAAGGACACAACACAACUGGGUUCAGUUCAUAACGAAAUUAACUCCUUAAAUAAAAAUGUGAAAACAAUGAACGUGAAAAA